AGAAGAAUGAAUUCACCUCAAUUGUAACAACAAAAAGGAAGUCGUGGGGCUGGCUACAAGAGACUGUUUGGAUUCAGACGGAGUGCAUUGUAUUAAUGACGCGGAUUUCCCAUCGAAGUAUGGUAUUGGUAAAAUAGAAGACAUCUCGUGGCGAUUCGGUGUUUUUCAGGCGCUGAGGUUGAAAAUCUCCCCAAGUUUUAUGUUUUGUGCCUGCAAGAUUCAGCCUCUCUUUUUUUACUAUUGGAUGUUAAACAUCUGAGAAGGAAAGGGUGUUUUGAAGACAGAGGGGCAUGAACGAACAGCAGCAGCAGAGAAUGGCGACAGUAGGUACGGACAAGGAACUCAGUGACCUCUUGGAUUUCAGUGCGAUGUUUGCGCCCCCUGUGGCCAAUGGGAAGAACAGGCCAACCACACUCGCCAGCAGCCAGUUUGGUGGUUCAGGUUUGGACGAGCGAAGCAGCUCAGGUUCCUGGGGACCUGAGGACCAGGACAGUCCCUCAUACGGCCAGAACCGGGCUUAUGGAGAAGGACCUCACUACCGCGAACACAACUGUGUCCUCUCGUCACCUUUCAUCAGCUCAGGGAUCGGCGGAAAGAAUGAAAGAGCGCCAUACAACUCAUUCGGAGGGCAGCAGGGCUUUCUGCCCAGCGACAUCACCAUGUCCAGUCCUGACGCCCUUUCCCCGUCAGGCCUAAAGUCUGACUCUCAGUUCUACCCCUCGUAUCCCAGCAACCCCCGCAGACGACCGUCCGAAGGCAACCUGGACGCCCAACCAAAAAAGAUCCGGAAACCCCCUGGCCUGCCCUCCUCGGUGUACGCAUCCACGUCCGGGGACGAGUACAGCCGUGACGGGGCGGGAUAUCCAGGCUCCAAAACAGGCGGUGUUUACCCUGGUUCCUUCUACAUGCAAGAGGGCCUGCACCCGUCCACUGACCCGUGGGCGUCGUCCGGACCCCUGGGCCAGUCGGGGUACUCUGCCAUGCUGGGCAACCCCCCUCACCUGAGUCAGCCCGGCCCCUUCUCCGCCAUGAACCCGCAGGACCGCAUGAAGCGGCAGCCUUUGCCCGUGUCCCCCCAUAACUACCCCCUCCACGGCAGCGACGUGAGCGGAGCCCUGACCCCCGGCUUCCACUCCACCUCCGGAGCCUACAGCGUUUCCAACCACACCCCCAGCAUCAACGGAACAGACAGCAUCAUGGCAAACCGCAGCUCAACCACAGGUAGCUCAGGAGACGAGAUAGGCAAGGCCCUGGCUUCGAUUUACCCCUCGGACCACAACAGCAACACCUUCACCUCCUCACCCUCCACCCCCGUCGGCUCCCCCCAGGGGAUCACAGCAGGUGCAUCUCAGUGGACGAGAUCAGCUGGGCAGACCGCUCUCUCCCCCAGUUAUGAGGGAGGAUUACAUGCUCUGCAGAAUAAGAUGGAGGAUCGGUUGGAGGAGGCCAUCCAUGUGCUGCGCAGUCAUGCAGUGGGUCAGAGUCCGGCUCUGGGGGCUUCUCACUCAGACAUGCAUAACAUGCUGAGUGCUGUCUCCUCCGUCCAUAACGGGGGUGUCGGGGGACUGCCCCCCGCCUUCUCCAACACCAGCCUGGGCCUGAGCACCAGACACCAGGCCAUGGUUGGAAACCCUCUUGAAGAUGCCUCCUGUUUGCCUCCCAGUAAUACUCUUCUGCAACCCCCCCACACCUCUGGGACCCCCCAGCCAGGUGGAGCGCCAGAGGGUUUCAGCAAUUUGCCCGGUGGACUGGCUCGCUCCACCCAUUCCUCCAACAGCUCUGACAUCAAGAGAGAAGACAAAGAGGAGGAUGACAACUCCUCCGUCACGGAGAAGUCUGAGGAUGAGAAGAAAGAAAGCAAGCCCUCUCGCACCCGGACAAGAAUGGAGGCGAUGACCCUCCAGAUGUUGUCAAGUGUUUCAGACCAGGCAGACGAUCAGGACGUGGAGGAUGACGAGGAUCUGCCGGCGGAGGUGAAGAUGGAGCGAGAGCGAGAGCGGCGCGUGGCGAACAACGCGAGGGAGAGGCUCCGCGUGCGAGACAUUAACGAAGCCUUUAAGGAGCUGGGCCGUAUGUGUCAGCUGCACCUGAGCAACGACAAACCCCAGACCAAACUACUCAUCCUUCACCAGGCCGUCAACGUCAUCCUCAACCUGGAACAGCAAGUCAGAGAACGCAACCUGAACCCCAAAGCCGCGUGUCUGAAGCGCAGAGAGGAGGAGAAGGUCUCAGGUGUUGGAGAGUCUCAGAUGCAGUUGUCGGGCUCACAUCCUUCCCUGGGUGGAGACGGACACAACCCCGUCACACACAUGUCCUAACCAGGUCCAAUGGAGUUUUCCAGCGGAGUUAUCGGAAAGAUGUGGCCUUCAUCUCCACUUCCAUCAUUCACCUGGCUGCGUGUGUG